CGCGUGCGAGCCGGCCCUGAAGGACGCCAUGGACAGGGCCGAGCACGCCGACACGCCGGUGCUGAACGCGGCGCUGCCCGACGACCAGGUGCGCCUCAGCAGCCAGCUCUACUACAUGUUGGUCAUGCUGAACAGAGGGCUCUCGCUGGACCGCAUUGUCAGUGCGGGGGUGAACGAGGGGCUCGAGGCGUGGAGGACCCUGGUCACCUUCCACGAGCCUCAGAGACGCACCCGCGCGGCGGGGUUCUUGCAGGAGUUGCUCUCGUGGGACUUCGAGGGCCACGCCCCCUCGAAGCUGAUCGCGUUCGACGGGAAUGUCAAGCGCUACGAGCAGGCUGUGGGCGCGGAGUUCCCUGGCGAGAUCAAGAUAGGCAUCCUGGUCCGCCCGCUCAAGGAGGGCCCGCUGCGCCACCACCUGCUCCUCAACAGCCAGCGGCUGAACACGUGGGAGCUUGUGAAGGCGGAGGUCGAGAACCUCAGGCGGGCCCAGAUUGCGACGACGGCGAGCACUGGCACGGGCCCGACCCCAAUGGACAUCGACUCCCUGGCGCGGCAGCUGGCGGCCCUCGGCCUCAAGGGUGGCAAGAACGGCAAGAUCGGCAACGGCAGGGGCAGGAACGGCAAGGCCGGCAAGGGCAAGGGCGCCGACGACCUGCCGACCAAGCCGUGUCCGAUCUACGGCAAGACAGGUCAAUGGAAGCGAGACUGCCGGUGGAAUACGACGGCUGCGUCGGGCAAGGCGCCGCCGAAGGGCGGUGGAGGUCGAGGUCGCGGCAAAGGCAAGGGCGAGGCCAAGGCUGGCGAUGCACCGAAGCCGAAGCCAUGCUGGACCUGUGGUUCGACAGCGCAUCUGGCCAAGGACUGCCCGGCCGCCAAGAAGGCUGGCGCCCUGGGCGAGAUGGGCGAGCCUGAGCCGCCUGAGGGCCUGGGCGGCCUCUUCCUGGCGGCGCUCGACCUGUCGACCAUGUCCUCGAGCUGCGAGACGGCGCGCUUCGGGGUCGACUCAGGCGCGGCGGUCACGGCGAUCCCGCGCUCGCUGGGGACCGACUCCCCGAUCGCGGAGAAGCCGUCGGGAGCGCAGUACCUCAGUGCGACGGGUGGGCCGAUCCCAGACGAGGACCAGCGCAAGCUCACGGUGCAGACCGGCGGCGCGUUGCGUGGCAUCAGGGCCCGGGCCACCGGCGUCGCGCGGCCGCUGCUUUCGGUCUCCGACCUUGUGAAGAGUGGCCAUCGUGUGGUCUUCGAGCAGGAUCAGCACGGCAACGACAUCAGCCACGCCGUCCACAUCGAGAGUGGUAAGACCGUCCGCUUCACGCGGAGGCAGCGCGCCUGGGACCUGGACGCGAACAUCGUGCCAGCGAAGGAGGUCACCCAGAUGUCCCAGACCCUCGUGAGGGAGUCGCCGCUCUGCUCGGUCGAGGGUUGCCGCGGCUGCAACAGGAUACAGGAGUGGUACCUCAUGGAGUUGAUGAUGGACAAGUUGCGACCAUCGAGAGUCACCUCGGCCCAGCCGCAGGUGACCCUGUCCCGCCAGGUGGAGCCGCCGCGGCAGGGGACGACGGAGUUGGAAGUACAAUCGAGCUCGAGGGUGACGUCGAGGAGCGCCACGAGUCUCAGCCUGCUCCAGUGCGAGCACGACGGGGGCCGGAGGAGCCUACCCAGGCUGAGAUCGAGCAACGCGAAGCAGCAGCGGGAGGAGGUGGAGUCGGGCCAGUCCGUGCUCCCCAUCCUCGUCGGCAUCGACUCGGCCACCUCGCGGGUCAGCGCUGACGUCCUCCCGUCCAAGGGCAUCCAGCAUGGGCGCAACGUGGCCCGCGCCUUCUGCCAGGUGGAGGCGACCGGCCACCCGAAGAUCAUCUACAAGUCAGAUGGUGAGGGCGCCUUGGUGGCGCUCAAGCGAGAGGCGACGAUCCGCCUCAGGAAUCUGAAUUUCGAGGUCGUGCCCGAGGAGGCGCCGGCCUACGACAGUGCCAGCGACGGCCUGGCAGAGGCAGCAGUGAGGGAGGUCAAGGGCGUAGCGCGGUCUCUGCGGGUCGCCCUGUCCCUCCUGCAUAGCACAGACAUCCCGAACGACCAUCCAGUGUUGACUUGGCUGGUUGCCCACGCUGCGGGAUGCAUCAAUCGUGGCAAGGUCGGCGCCGAUGGACGGACGCCGCGCGAGAGGCGCAAGGGCGGGGCCUUUCGCAAGGUGCCGCCGCCUUUCGGUGAGAUCAUCGCGUUCCUCCCGAGUGCGAGGCGCGACGCCAAGUUCGAGGAGCGCUGGAAGAUUGGAGUCUUCUUGGGCGUCAUCGAGAAGUCGAGCGAGAUGCUCGUCGGCUACGACGGCAGGGUCGUACGCGCGCGGUCUAUCAGAAGGAGACCGCCGAGCCAGCGGGCCGACGCAGCCCUGUUACUCUCGAUCAGGGGCGCGCCGUGGAUGCCGACCCCGGACAAGCCAGAGGACGUCCGCAUCCCGACGGUCAUCGACGAACCUCCUGUCGACCCCGCUGCACAGCAGCCGAAGGUUGUGCCAGAGCAGGGUCCAGCUGAACCUCGGAACGUAUACGUCCGCAGGAACGUGGAGCUGGUCAAGUACGGUUUCACAGACGGAUGCCCGGGCUGCCUUGCGGCCCGCACCAACGCGCCAGCCAAGGCCCACAGCUCGGAGUGCCGUGAGCGCAUCCAGCAGGCCACGGCGAACGACCCGGAGCUCGCCCCCCGAGUCUUCGGAGCGGCGGCCCGUCAGCUGGAGGCUGCUGACAGGGCGCCUGCGCCGCCUGGAGCUGGGGGUGUCAUGGACGCGGACUCGCUGGAGCUCUGCGCGCUGCUGGCGGCUUUCGGCGACUGGGGGGUUGCCGUCGGCGAGCUGUGCGGGCCAGGGCGUUUCACGUCUCGGUCGAGUGCUUUCGAUCUCGAGCCCGGCACAGCCUACGACGCCAGGACCGGCUACGAUUUCAGCCAGGAGGGCGACAGGCAGCGGGCGCAGGCCACUAUCGAGCUGGAGCAGCCACUGCUGAUCACAGGCGGCCCGAUGUGUGCGCCGUGGUCGAACCUGCAGGCCCUCAACGUCAUCCAGGGCGUGGACGGCAACGCCAUCAUUGAGCGAGGCGUCGUCCACCUGGUCUUCUGUGCCGAGCGCUACAAGGAACAGAUCAAAGCUGGCCGCCUCUUCUUGCGCGAGCAGCCAGCAUCAUCGAGGAGUUGGCGUCUUUGGAUAAUCCGAGAGGUCGCCGAGAUGCCAGGAGUACACUACGUCGAGUGCGAUCAAUGUGCGCAUGGGUUGUGGGGCGCUGAUGCCAUCGGCCCGGCACCGGUCAAGAAGCCUACGGGGUGGUUGACCAACUCUGCCGAGAUACCCCGAGAGCUGACGCGUCGGUGUCCUGGGUGUGCUAGGCAUUGCCAGACGGUCGGUCUAGGUCGGCGUGGCGUGCGCAUCAUCGAGCGGUACCCACCGAAGCUUGUGGCUGCGGUGCUGCGCGGGCUGCGUCGUGAGGCGAUAGCUCGCGGCCAGCUGGGUGCGCUGGAGGCUGGGCCGCAUCUGGACGAGCCGCCGAUCCGGGACGCCUACCCAGAGUACUACACGGAGAUCGUCGAUAACAUCAGCGGGGCCGCUCUGGACCCCGAGCUCGUGGCAGCUGGCCGCGAGGAGGAGAUGGAGUUUCUGCGCGGCCUGGGCGCCUACGUGCACGACACCAAGCAGCGCUGCCACGAGGGGGCCGGGCGCGACCCGGCGCCCAUGAUCUGGGUGGACGUCAACAAGGGUGGCGACCGCAAACCCAACGUCCGCUGCAGGCUGUGCGUGGCGGAGACGCGCUACCGCACGAGCAUGGACCUGGGGGGGCCCUCGCAGACGUUCAGUGCGACGCCCCCGUAUGAGGCUCUCAGGAUGUUGAUUUCCUUCUGCUGCUCGCCCAGGAACGCCGAGGAGGACCAGCACGUCCUCAUGUUCCUGGGCAUCACGAGGGCUCACCCGCACUGCGAGAUGAAGCGGAAGUUGUGGGUGAAGCUGCCUGCGGAGGACCCCCGCUCAGCUGACAACAACGCGCGCGGGCUGCUGGUCAGGUGCCUCUACGGCUGCCGCGACGCAGGCCAGAACUUCGAGCUGUUGGUCCGCGAGACGCUGGAGGGCAAAAUGGGCUUCUCCUGCGGCGUGUGGUGUCCCUGCAUAUACCGCAGAGGCGACGGCAAGCUCGUGGCCUACGUCUACGGCGACAACUUCGUGCUGAAGGGCUCCCGCACCGACAACCUGGAGUUCCACCGCGAGUUGCAGGAGUACAUGUGGGUCAAGCUCGAGGGCACGUUGGGGCCCAACAAGAGCGCUGGUGAUGUUCAGGAGGUGGUCUGCCUGAACCGCGCCUUCCGUUGGACCUCGAGAGGCGACGUGGAGCUCGAGGCUGACUCUCGCCAUGCGCUCAUCAUGAUGCAGAAGCUGAACCUCUGGCGCGGGUCGAAGGCCCUCUCGACGCCAGUGGUGAAGGCCAAGAGUGCGGAUCGCGGCAGAGUCCUGGAGGGCGAGGAGGCGACUCGCUACCGCAGCCUGGUCAUGCGAGCCAGCUAUCUCAGCGAGGACCGCCCGGACAUCAAGUACGCAGUCAAAGAGGCAGCGAAGUAUAUGCGCGAGCCGUGCGAGCACGGCAGGGAGCUAGUCAAGAGGAUUGCCAGGUAUCUCUUGGGCCGUCCGAGACUGGGCCAGAGGUUCCGACGCCAGCGCUGGUCAGGUGUGUUCAAGGGCUUCUCGGACAGUGACAUCGCGGGCUGCCUGGAGACCAGGAAGAGCACGAGCUGCGGAGUCUUCCAUCUGGGAGAUCACAUGAUCAGAGUCUUCAGCGCGACUCAGGGCAGUGAAGCUCUCAGCUCAGGUGAGGCCGAGUGGCAUGCUCUACUGGCGCGCGACAUGGGAUACGAGCUGGAGUUGCGUUUGGCUGGCGACGCCACGGCGGCCAGUGGGAUCGCGCAUCGCCGAGGGGCGGGGCGCAUCCGACACAUCGAGACAAAGACUCUGUGGCUCCAGCGUCAUGUGACCGAGCGUCGUGCCAUCCUUUCUAAGACGCUCGGCAAGGUCAAUGUGGCAGAUCUCGGCACGAAGCAUCUGGCGCAAAAAGAGCUGGAUGAGAUGCUGGGACUGCUGGGAUUGUUCGCGGCUGCGGGCAAGCCUGACCUCUCUCUCGCGGUCGCAGGCAACUUGCUUGAGCCUGACCUAGCUUGCGAGCCCGAGGGCAAAGAGGAGGUGCAGGCGUGA